UUGGCUAUCACUGCAACUCUCCAAAUAACAGCUCGUAAAAGGUGGUUUUAUUUUUCCCCUUAUGCAACUUGGGCUCCGUGAGAUGUACCACUUGCAGUUAUCAGCACAGCCGAGUAUAUCUUUUCUAAGUGUCAUGAAGCACCGAACAAUGCAGACCAGUGCCGGUCAUACUUUGUAUUUUUGGAGAAGGCCCAACUGUAGGUACACAAUAAAGGCAAUUGCUAGCAGGAACGAUGUUUUCAGGACAAGGAUCUGUCGUAGUAAGCACAUGGAAAAGUUGCAAAACGGCUACUUGUUUACGGAGAUUAGUAUGUUGCAAUCUCUCUACAGAGAUAAGUACCCAGAUGUGAAGCUGAUAAGUCUUGGUGUUGGCGACACAACCCACCCAAUCCCUGAAAUAAUAGCAUCAGCCAUGGCAAAGAAGUGUUUUGGUUUGUCGACUGCUACCGGAUAUAAAGGGUAUGGAGAAGAGCAAGGUGACAGGGAGUUACGAUAUGCUAUUGCAGAAGUAGUAUACAAGGACAUGGAAAUAGACUAUUCUGAUAUUUUUAUAUCAGACGGCGCACAAUGCGAUAUUUCAAGAUUUCAGCUUCUUUUGGGAUCAGACAUCACAGUUGCAGUUCAAGAUCCAACAUUUCCAGCAUAUGUAGAUUCUAGUGUUAUUAUGGGUCAUGCUGGCGAAUUUAAAAGAGAAGCCGGGAAGUAUGGCCGCAUCACAUACAUGAAAUGUACACCAGACAACAACUUCUUCCCUGAUUUAUCUUCUACUCAACGAACCGACGUUAUUUUCUUUUGCUCCCCAAAUAAUCCCACUGGAGUUGCAGCAUCAAGAAACCAGUUGAAGAGUCUGGUGGAUUUUGCAAGGGCAAAUGGAUCAAUUAUAAUAUAUGACUCUGCAUAUUCAAUGUAUAUCUCAGAUGAUAGUCCACGAACUAUAUUCGAAAUUCCUGGUGCAAAAGAGGUUGCCAUUGAAAUUGCAUCCUUCUCAAAAUAUGCUGGCUUUACUGGAGUUCGCCUUGGAUGGACGGUUGUUCCAAAGGACCUUCUUUUUGCUAAUGGUUUUCCAGUAAUAGAGGACUUCAAUAGAGUCAUAUGCACAUGUUUCAAUGGCGCAUCAAAUAUUGCUCAAGCUGGUGGACUUGCUUGUCUUUCUGCUGAAGGUUACAAGGCAGUGAGUGGUGUUGUGAACUACUACAAGGAGAAUGCAGCAAUACUAGUUGAUACAUUACAAUCAAUGGGACUGGAAGUGUAUGGCGGCAAGAAUUCACCCUAUGCAUGGGUGCAUUUCCAAAAGAGGAGGUCAUGGGAAGUAUUCAAGGAAAUACUUGACAAAACACAUGUGCUAACCAUUCCAGGCACAGGCUUUGGGCCAGGUGGUGAAGGCUUCAUAAGGAUUAGCUCUUUUGCUCAUAGAGAAAGCAUCUUAGAGGCAUGUAGGAGGUUCAAAAGUCUCUUCUAAUCCUUCCAAGUUGACCAUAUGCCUCUCCCCUAUAUAUUAAAAUAAUUGGUGCUUCAUUCUAUGUUACUAUAUAGCACCAUGUCAUAGGACAUGCAUUCAAUCUCAAUCGUUUACGUGUACUA